AUGGAGUCCCCCCCUGCUGGUGUCAUCAAAAUUAAUUGGGAUGCCUCACUAAAUGUGUCAAAAGGUUGGAUUGGCUUGGGUAUUAUUGCUAGAGACAGCUCAGGCUUUUGUUUGGGGGCACGUAGUGUGGCGAAGCAGGUGCAGGUUCUUCCAAAAAGGGCAGAAAUUUUGGUGGCUCUUCAAGCAGUUCAAUUUAGUAAAGACGCGGGGUUUAUGGAAGUGAUUUUUGAAGGCGAUGCAGCUCAGGUUGUGAAGGAAAUUCAGACAGAGCAUCACUUUUUCUCUUGGAUAGGCCACCUAUUAGAGUUCAUACAUAGUGAAAUGCGAAGCUUCAGGACGGCUAGUUUUUCUUUUGUCCCACGUGCUUGUAAUCAGGCAGCAGAUACAUUAGCAAAAGAAGCUUCCCAUUUUUCCUCGGAUUUUUGUUGGCUGGAAGAAACCCCGUCGUGUGUUAGUGAUAUUAUUUUUAGGGAACAAUGUUGUCCCUAG